CGAGACACACCCUGUGAAACCGGAAGUGAGCCGUCCUUUUGUUGCGCUGCGGUGAGUUUAGCUGUGAACAUGUCCGGCAUGUCUUCGGUCCAGCAUCUCAGAGAGUUCAUCAGCGAGCGGCUGGCUGCCGCCGCGGAGGAAAUCUUCUCGGUCUUCCAGAGAACCGUCGCCCAGUACGAGGAGGAGCUGGACCGCCAGCGCAGGCUGCUGGACGGCGCCUGGAGACCGGACAGCGGCUUCCAGAGAGCAGAUUUCCCUCGGUGUUCUGUCAGGACGAAGCAGAUUCCUGCUGAGCUGCAGCUCCAGAACCAGCAGGACUCCAGUUUGGACCAUCCACAGAUCAAAGAGGAGCAGGAGGAUGUGUGGAGCGCUCCGGGGGACGGACAGGUGGUCCUGAAGCAGGAGGCCGACGUCCUGAUGAUGGCGCCGUCGCUCCAGGACGGAAACCUUAGCGAACCGGAAUCAGACCGGAUCCAACAGGAGAGACCGAAUCGGGACGGAGGCUGGACCGACGAAUCCGGGCCGGACAAAGACACGGAGCUGAAGGACAGCCAGGACAGGACGCUGAUGGACAACUGUCCCCUGUUGGAGAGUAAGAGAGACAGAAGAGACGGAAAAACCUCGGAGAACUCAGGAAGCACGACUCGCUACAGAAUCCACACAGAACUUCCUGUUCAGUUCCUGAGGAAGGAGGAAGAGGAAGUUCCUGCUGACCAGCAGGUCUGGAAGUCCAGUCCGGACCGGGAGGAACCAGAACCUUCCCGGGUCAAAGAGGAAGAUGAUGCUCUCUGCUUCGUCCGUGAUGAAGAGCCGCCGGUUCUGAAGCCGGACGCUGAUAUCGCCAUGGUAACGUCUGCUGAUAGCGAGCCAGAACCCAGCAGGGACCGGAGCUUGUCCGAGUCGGAGACCCGAGGCCCGACGGGAAGCUGGAGCGAUGACUCGGACUCAGCCAGAGAUCGGACCGGGUUCUGGAGCAGCCGGCAGGAAGGUCAGGACCCAGACGCUCUGACUCCAAACAGCGGCCUGCUCGGCGCUGCAGCCGCCGGGGUCAGAGGUCAGGAUGGAAGUUGGAUCAAGAAGGAGCUGGAGCCGAAGAGGAGACGGGUCAGGAAGAGGAGCAGCGGUUCCGGCCUGGUUCCCAGUGGACUGGGGCUGCGGCCCGUUUCCUGCGACGUCUGCGGGAAAGCCUUCAGGUGCAACUCGGAGAUGCGGGUCCACUUGCGCGUUCAUACGGGCGAGAAACCGUUCUCCUGCGACGUCUGCCAGAGGGCGUUUAGCUUCAAGGUCAACCUGUCCGUCCACAUGAGGACGCACACGGGAGAGAAACCGUACGCCUGCCAGUUCUGCGAGAAACGCUUCUCGGAUCACUCAUCGCUCCGGAAGCACACCAACGUUCACACAGGAGAGAGGCCGUACUCCUGCGCCGUCUGCGGAAAGCGCUUCAGCCGCAGCAGCCACAUGUGGCGGCACGUCAGGGUCCACACCGCAGAGGCUCCGCCCACCUGCUGGAACCUUCGUAUUCUCACGUUUCCGACAGCCGCGGUGAGUUUAGCUGUGAACAUGUCCGGCAUGUCUUCGGUCCAGCAUCUCAGAGAGUUCAUCAGCGAGCGGCUGGCUGCCGCCGCGGAGGAAAUCUUCUCGGUCUUCCAGAGAACCGUCGCCCAGUACGAGGAGGAGCUGGACCGCCAGCGCAGGCUGCUGGACGGCGCCUGGAGACCGGACAGCGGCUUCCAGAGAGCAGACCUGCUGCGACAGUACCUGUGCAAGAAGCCGGAGAUUCCUGCCGCACCGCAGCUUUUGCACCAGCAGGGGGCGUCGGCGCUGACCCGGCAGCAGCCAGAACCCCCGGAGCUUAAAGGACAGGAGGGAGCAGAGAGUUUCCUCCUCAGAGCUGAACGGAGGAGCCUGGAGGAGCCGCUGGUUCUGAAGCAGGAGGCGACUCACCCAGACGGACCCCGCAGGGCUCCAGAACCGAAACAGAACAAGUUUCCUCUGGAAGGAAGAGAGCAGACCAGAACCAGGAACCCGACCGGCAGCAGAGAGAGCGGCUCCACCUCAGAGAACCGAGACCAAACCCAGAAAUCAGAACCAACCUUCCAGCAGAACGCAGAAACAGAUGCUCCACAGCGUUGUGUCUCCCUGGAGGCGGAGCCUCCUGCAGACCCGAAGGAGCAGCAGGAAGCAGAACCUCCACAGAUUAAAGAGGAGCAGCUGAUGCUGAAGGAGGAGAUCGACUCCUUCACCGUGACGUCGGCUUAUGAGGAAAGCGACGGAAGUGAAGCUGAAGGAAACGGCGAGCAGAACGUUUUCCUCGGCUUCCAGGAGGGAAACUGGGAGCGAGAGUCUGGAUCAGCAAGCAGCGCCGACCCGAUGCCACGUCCUAAACUCAUGAGUUACAGUUACAACCUGAGCGCUGAGAGUCCGAGCAACGCGGGGACCAGCGACGGACCCUCAGGAUGUCAGCUCUGUGGGAAAAACUUUGGCAGCGACGCAGAAUUAAAGGAACAUUUUAAAAUCCACGUGGUGGAGAAGCCAUUUUCCUGCAACGUGUGUGGAAAAGCUUUCAAAUACAACAUCAAGCUGCUGAUCCACAUGAGGACGCACACUGGGGAGAAACCAUUUUCCUGCGAAAUCUGCGGCAAAGGUUUCAGCCAGAAGGUCAAUCUGAACGUCCACAUGAGGACGCACACGGGCGAGAAGCCGUAUCUCUGCAAGACCUGCGGAAAGAGGUUCUCUGACCAGUCUGGCUUUAAACGCCACAUGACCAUCCACACGGGCGAGAGGCCCUACAUCUGCAAAACCUGCAACAAAGCCUUCAGGUACAGCGUCCACCUCAUGGUCCACAUGCGAACGCACACGGACGAGCGGCCGUACUUCUGUAAAACCUGCGGCAGAACCUUCUCCGACCCGUCCACACUCCGGAAGCACACCAUGACCCACACGGGUGAGAGAUCCUACUCCUGCCAGACCUGCGGGAAGUGCUUCAGCGACAACAGCAACCUGCUGCGGCACAUGAGGACGCACACAGGUGAGAAGCCGUAUUCCUGCGAGAUCUGCGGCAAAAGCUUCAGCCAGAGCAGCAACUUGAUGCAGCACAUCCGCACCCACACGGGCGAGCGACCGUACCCCUGCGGCAUCUGCGACAAGAGCUACAGCCACAGCUGCACGCUGCUCAAACACAUGAGGAGCCAUUCGGGCGAGAAGCCGUACUCCUGCCAGCUCUGCGGCAGAUGUUUCAGUCACAAAUGCACGCUGCUGAAGCACAUGAAGAUCCACACAGACGGCGGCGCUGUGCAGUCCUGAAAGCCCUGAAAGCAUCAUGUCAGGAGGCGAGCUGGUCGGUUAGUCCGCUCACAUCCUUUAAAUGUUCCUAUUCUAGUUUUUCUUCAUUUGUUCUUCAUCUUCUCUUUUCAUAACUGAACUUUAUCAUCUCUGGGAGAAAAACUGAAAUGAUUUGUUGAUUUUCUGUGGAGCUGCAAACGGAGCAAAACAUGUUCAAAAGAAGAAAAACCGACGACAUAAAUGCUGGAUCUCCUCACCGCCAGCACCAACAUCACCAUACGCAGAAAAAUAUUAAUAAUAUUUGUAUAUUGCAAAUUUUACAAUGUUUUUUGAAGUCUGAGGAUUCCGAAGGACAUGCAGUGAUUCACCACUGAUGGUUACAGACUGACAGGGGUAAGGAUGCCCACCAGGCCCAAAACAGACAGAGCGAGGUCUGAACCCGCAGCCCAGCAGUUACAGGACGAACAGCUGGAACUGCUGGGCGUUACAGGCGCCCAGCGUCAGCAGCAGAGAGUCAGGAACAGAACAAACAUUUAAUUAUGAGAAUAAAUUCACAAAAUUACCAGAACAAAGUCGUAGUAUUACAAGAAUAAAGCCAUAAUAAUAUGAGAAUAAUGUUGUAA